GGGUAUAUCACAACAAAAAAUAAACUGGUAGAAGCUACCUGGCCAGGAUUUUAGAAUCAACGAAAACGAAAAAUACGUUAACGUUACGUUAGUCACAUAGCGCGUUAAUGAAAACGCCGUCGUUUCAUAGGUUUAUGGACGUUUUUAAGAUGUGGCAAAAGCUUAAAUCUAAUGGAAACCAGGAUACUCGGAGAUCAGACACGGAACUCAAACAUCUAACAUACAUCGACAUGAAGACGACCACUUUACUCGUUAUCUCUUUAUUUAUCAACGGUGUUGUUACAGAUGAAGUGAAGUCAGUGAUGGUGGGAGAUUCGGUUACUCUACAAACUGAUCUUACUAAACUACAGAGAGAUGAUCUGAUAGACUGGAGGUUUGGUGAUCAAAAGGAUCUCAUAGCUAAACUCAACAAGGAGGCCAAUACAAGCAAAUUAUUUAAUGGCACUGACGGGAGAUUCAGAGGCAGACUGAAGAUAAACACUGAGACUGGAGAUCUCACCAUCACAGACAUCACUACUCAACACACUGGACUUUAUCAAGUAGAGGUCAAUGGAGAGAGAAUUACAACAAAGACAUUCAACAUUAGUGUGUCUGUAGAUGUUAACAAUGUAAAAGUCAAUGAUGAAGAGCAGUCUUCUGGUUUGUCUUCAGGUGUUGUAGCAGGACUCUGUGUUUUUCUUCUUGUUCUUGUUUUUGCUCUUGCUCUCGCUAUCUUUCUUUACAGACGUCUCUCUAGGUCUACUGGGCAAAGAGUCAGCAGAGAUGAAGAAACCUUUCAGGACUGAAAGCAACAGCAGUGAUCUUUCUUAAGUGUAAUAUGAUCAUUGUCUGAGGUUUGUUUCAUUUUGGAUCAUUAACACUAACAAUAAUUUUGGGAAUCUGCACAUGCAGAUUCAUUUUAUUGGAUUUUUUUUUUCACGACGUGUUCCAUAAAUGUUUCGGCAAUGUUGCUAGGUUCCUUCGAUGGUAACAAUCCAAUAAUCAACAUGUUUGUGUUCACACAUACGGCACAUCUCAAUUUUAUAUACGUUUUCUGGGAUUAAUGUUCUGCAACCAAACCAAAGUUUAAUUUUAUGCAAAUCAUAAGCGAAGCAGAGUACUUCACAUCAUCGGAAGAAAUAAAGAGAAACUAUAGCACUAUUUACCUGCGCACGUUUUAAUAUAAAGUCCUAUAAAUAUUUUUUAUUCAUUUUUUUCAGGAUUUACAUAUAAUUUGAUGUAGUUUUUUAUUAACAUGGAAUGAUACAAAAACUGAACAAGCCGGCAUCUGUGUGUAUUUCCUGUAUUCAUUUUCUUCUCUUUUGAUUUACUUUAUUUUCAAUUUCUUUCUUUCACUACCACACAUAUAUUUAUACUUUAUAGCAUUUUUAUGAACACUAUCUUUAUGAUAGCUUAACACUGUGUCGCAACUGUGAAAUAACAAUAAUAAAAACUCUCCUUUUUUACUUAAAAUAUCUUGAUGUGUUUCAGCAUGAGGUUAUGUAUAAUAUUUGCUUUUUGGUUCAUAUCUGCACACCUAAUGAAUGUUAUAUUGUUUAGUAGUAAAUAUAAUACAUUGCCUGAAUAAACAGUUAAAUGUAACUUAAGGGAAAAUCUGUGCAUUAAAUGCCUUAACAUUAUCUAAAAAAAAAAAGCUUUGUUAAUCAGGAGUUACACUACAUCUUAUACACUAAAACAGCUUUGAUUUAUAUAAAGAUUUUGAUUCUUUAAAUCCUCUGUCAUUUGUAGGUGCUCAUGUUGUACAUUCUGCAUCUAAUUUUUAUUAAAGUUGUGGUUUUACACAACACUAAAGUGCACUGUAAUAUUGUUUUUGCUCUCAGGAAAACCUUCUGUGAAAUUGAAUUGUCUUUUUAUUUACUCUAAAAAUUACUUUUUGACUCAUUUUGGGUAAAUAUUAGACGGGCACUGUCACACUGCUGGGUUGUUUUAACCCAACUGUUGGGUUGUCAUAACCAGUUGCAUAAUGACAACCCAACAUUGGGUAAUUUUUAACCCAGCAUGUGUUUUGUUCAAUAUUUACCCAACAUGGGUCAAAAAUAACCAAGCCAUUUUUGUGUGUUACUGUGCAUGAUAUACUGUAUAUCCCCUGAGAGCACUUAACUCAAUGCUGGUUCUCAAACUUUUUCAACGUGCGUGUGUUUUUCAACGCCCCUGUGUGUACGGAGCUUUCCUUCGUGGCCCCCCUAAAGGAAGAGUAAUGACAAAUGUGUUCUAAAAUGCAACAUUUUAAUUAAACAAAACAUAUUAAAUUAUAAAAAGUAGUGCUGUUUGUUAGUACCUUUUUUUUUAGGUUUAGUAACACAGAAUUUAUGAUGAAUUAAUUUAUUUUAUAAAAUGUCAUAAAACUGGGGCCCCCCUGGCACCGUCUUGCGGCCCCCAGUUUGAGAACCACUGUGUUAACUCACUUUAAUCUCUGCUAUAGUCUUGGUGUGUAAUUGUUUUAGCAGUGUAUUGUUAUGGCAUCAAUUUGUUGUGUUCUUAUGUUAUAUUUGUUGUGAAAUAAAAGCCACUGCUAAAAGUCA